CGCCGUAACUUUUGCGGUUCGGCCGCAUCUGAGCCUCCGCCGAGACCCACGAGCUGUCCCUUGGCCCGGCCUCGCUGUGGCCAACGGAAUUACCGCCGCCGCCGUCUCGUCACAACCGGCAAGACGCCAAACCCGGCGCCCCCUCUCCUCCGCCACCCACCCCCACCCCACCCAGCUGGCCCCUCUCCCAAACCCCAGAAUCCCUCCCGCCCGCGCCAGCCCAACCCAAUCCCGCACGCAUAUGCGCGGCAGCAGGGCGACGAGGACGAGGACGACGGCGAGGGGGCGCCACCGCCGGCGCCGCGCGGGCCGUCCAUGAGCAGGAAGGGCGACCGCUCCGACAAGAAGCCGCCGCGCCCGAGAUCACCCCGCGGCGGGGACAGGGAGGCCGGCGGCCGGCGGGAGCGGAGGGCGGACGGGGGGAUGCGCAUCGUGGUGCCGCUGCAGGGGGUGGUGCAGGGCCGCGGGGGCCUCGUCCUCGGCUCCCUCAUCCCCUGCGCCCUCUUCUACUUCCUCCAGCUCUACAUCAAGCGCAACCGCCCGCCCCCAGGCUCCCCCACUUCGGCCUCCUCCUCCUCCGCCGCCGCGCCCCCCUCCGCGGGCCCGCUCUCCCCGAUCCACCGCUCCCUCUCGCGGGGCCUGCUCUCCCCGCGCGCGCUCCCGGCGCUCUCCAUCCGCGGCGCCGUCGUCCGCGCCGGGGACGAGGACUCCCUCUACUACGCCGGCCUCCGCCGCUGCGCCGACGACCCCUACCACCCCGCCUCCAACCCCGCCGGCGUCAUCCAGCUCGGCCUCGCCGAGAACCACCUCUCCCUGGAUUUGGUGAGGGAAUGGAUGGAGGAGCACGCGGGGCGGGCGAUGACGCCCGGCGGAGGCGACGAGGAGAGGGACCUCACCAUCAGCGGGCUCGCCACGUACCAGCCAUAUGACGGGAUACUUGCCUUGAAGAUGGCUCUUGCUGGAUUUAUGAGGCAAAUCAUGCAAGAGUCAGUAUCCUUUGAUCCAUCUCAAAUGGUGAUAACAUCUGGUGCGACGCCUGCAAUGGAAAUACUGAGCUUCUGUAUUGCUGAUCCAGGAAAUGCAUUUCUUGUUCCGUCACCAUACUACCCUGGAUGGGACAGGGACAUAAAAUGGCGAACUGGUAUUGAGUUGAUACCCGUUCCUUGCCGGAGCACCGACAACUUCAACAUCAGUAUCACUGCUCUAGAAAUAGCCUAUAACCAGGCAAAGAAGCGAGGAGUAAGGGUUCGUGGGGUUCUCAUAUCUAAUCCUUCCAACCCUACAGGAAGCUUUGUGCCCAAGCAAACACUGAGUGAUCUUCUGGACUUUGCUACAGAGAAGAACAUACACUUAAUUUCUGAUGAAGUGUUUGCCGGUUCAACAUUUGGAAGUGGUGAAUUUGUCAGCGUGGCAGAGGUUGUGAACGAGCUAGAAGACUUUGACAGAGGCAGGGUUCACAUAAUCUACGGACUCUCAAAAGACCUAUCUCUGGCAGGGUUUCGGGUUGGAGUCAUAUAUUCGUACAAUGAAAGCAUCGUGGAGGCAGCCGCUAAGAUUGCUAGAUUCUCAUCCGUGUCAACCCCGACCCAGCGCCUGCUUGUUGCCAUGCUUUCGGACCAGAAGUUUAUCUCGAAUUACCUGAAAGUUAACAGAGAGAGGCUGCGCAAGGCGUACAAUUUGCUCGUUGAUGCUUUGAAACAGGUGGGCGUCGAGUGCUUCAAGAGCAGCGGAGGAUUCUACUGCUGGGCGGACAUGAGCAAGUUCAUCCGGUCUUACAGCGAGAAAGGGGAACGCAGGCUUUGGGACAGGCUGUUGGAGGAGGCGAAGGUCAAUGUCACCCCAGGUUCAUCUUGCCAUUGCAUUGAGCCUGGAUGGUUUAGGUGCUGUUUCACAACGUUGAGGGAGCAGGAUAUUCCUGUGGUGGUGGAGAGGCUCAGGAGAGUCACAGAUGGCCACAAAUCAAACCGUUGAGAUGUCCAAAGUACUCUUUUUGGCCUGUAGGGUGUCGAAAAAUAACUGCUUCGCCAGGUGCUUCACAAGAGACGCAGAAGCACACAGGAAAAAAAAUGCCUUAACCUGAUCUGUUCCGAACUCCGAUCAGAGAAUUUCCAUCUUGGCAUCUACCAUCGGGGGAGUUUUGAAGCUGGCAGUUGGUGGAAGCAGUGGCGCAUGUCUUCGGUGGUGGAACGAAGAACAGGGAUCAUGUUCAUAUUGGUCAUGCCCCCUCCGUUCCUCCGCUCCUGUUGAAUCCAAGCGUGGUAGCUCUUUGGAAGGUUGUAAAUUGUUGAUCCUCGUCUGCUUCUCUCGUAGGUGUCGCAUGCGGUAAAUUGCCCGUCUCAUGAUAGUCCGAGUCAAAAAUCAGUGUGUUCAUUCACCUAUUCGCUCCUGUUACCCUUCUUCCUCUCUCUCCUGGCAAUUUUGUUCUUUGGUAACAUAAAUUAGAGUCGAUGAACUUGGUUUCUUCCGUUGCUGUCAUCAUCUGUAAAGUAUCCGGUUUGUGAAUUCAGGUUCAUUCUCUUUUGGCAA